CAACAACCUACGUUGCUGCCGCGCCACUGAGAGCAGCUAGGAACCUUUAGCAGUACCCGGUGUCAAUGUCUCCGGACCGCAAAGCAGUAUAAGAGGCAAGCAGUUCGGACGUAUUGAAAGGCAUCCUCGAACUCCAUCUCAUCCCACAGUCGCUCCGUCUUCCAAUAUGAGAUACGCUUUCGCUCCCAUCGCGUUCGGCCUCGGAGCCAACGCCCUUGUCGUUCGUCAGGCUACACAGUGCUUCAAGCUUGAGGCGUCGGGUGGCGCAUCAGGUGUACUUGGCCAGCUCGACGACGGCCAGAACCGUGUCGGUAAUGGUGGUCUGCCUACCGGCUGCUACUGCUUGGACGGCAACGGUGGCUUCACUGAUUCCAAUGGACGGGGUUGCAUCCUAACUCCUCCGACCACACAGUUCCAGUGCGAUGUUGGUGCCACUCCCACCAACGGCUUUGCGGUCGGCCCCAACGGUGGCGUUACAUACAACGGCUCAGGCAAGUUCUACGCUUGCCCCGUCAACGACAACGGCGAGUACAACGUCUACACAACUCCCGCCCCUGGUCAAGCCAAGUGCGUCGAGAUCUCUCUUGGCUCUGCCGGUUCAUGUGGAGCUGGCGCCACCCAGCCUGCUGGCUCUCAGCCCGCUGGUACACCUCCCGUAGCCACUGCCACUGGACCUGCCGCCACACCCCCUGUUGCUACUGCUACUGCUACUGUACCUGCUGGUACACCUCCUGCUGGCACACCUCCUGCUGGCACCCCUCCUUCCGGUACCCCCGGUAUGCCAGGUAGCACUGGCUACCCAGGGCAGCCUUCAGGUAUGCCUGGAAAGCCUUCUGGCAUGCCCGAGUACCCUGGCCAACCUGGGAAGCCUCAGCAAUCAGGCAAGCCAGGCUACCCCGCCAUGUCCGAAGGCCAGAAGCCCUCUCAGCCUGCACCAGGUGUCCCUCAAGAGUCUGAGUGCGUUCCCAGCGUCGUGACCGUCACUGUCACUGCGCCUGCUGCUCCUCCAGCGGAGACCAACCCCGCUCCCUCUGAGACCAAGCCAGCUCCUCCUGCCGAGACCAACCCUGCUCCUCCUGCCGAGACGCACCCCGCUCCUCCUGCCGAGACGCACCCCGCUCCUCCUGCCGAGACUCAUCCUGCUGCUUCCGGGACCAUGCCCGCUCCUCCAGCGGGGAGUAAGCCCGCUGAAACCCCCGAGAACCCCGACGACGGUGUUAACAACGGCGGUGAGGGUUCAUGCCCGCAGGACCUCAACGGCAACUAUGAGUACCCCCACCUGAUCGUACCCGUUGAUUCUGAGCAACCCGACAAGGCCCAUGACACCUCCUACAACGGUAAGGUCGAUAGCCACACUUGCACUAUCUUCAACUUCGACAUUCCCGCCUCUAUGGCUGGCAAGAAGUGCUCUGCCAUGUUCAUGCUUCCCAAGAAGGAGGACCUCGAGACCUCCGACUACACCAUGUCUGGCCACGGAAAGUGCACCAUCAGCAAGCUCAAGGGCCCUGCUGAUGCAACGACCACUUACAAGAACAUGCCCCCCAAGGAGAAGGAUGUUGCCUCCAUGGAGAUGACUCCUGGCCACACCUACUCUGUCGAGACCGGUGAUUGCGAGGCUGGCAAGACCGUUAGCUAUAUGAUUUGCGGUAGCGGCGACUUCUCCAUGGAUUACUUCCAGGACUACAACCCAAGCCCCAUUGGCAUGUACGUCCGCCAGUGCUAGGUUAUUAGCGUUGGUGGCUGAGACCUUGUUGUGAUCAUAAAUCAUCAUCAAGUGAGUCUAAAAGGUGUGUCAGAUAUGAGUACCACCUACUUCUUCUUCAUCGUCGCUAAGACGAGCCCUUCCUUUGUAACAACAACAUGAUACGACACGACGACAUGGCACUCCUUAUGAAUAGUUUGUAGAAUAGAUUUCAAUUCAAUGUACAUUUUUACUCUGAGAA